CUUGUUUUUCAAUCAUGGCAGGAGCGCAUUGAUAGGUACGAAAAUCAUGCCACUGAAGUCUUAUGUGAACUGUAUUUCGAGGGGUUCGAAAUAAAAAAUAAAAUAAAAUAAAAAGUUGUUCGAAACUACGAAACUACAGCCGCUGCACCUACAGUCACAGCCAGCCAAAACAGAAGAACACCACCACCAGCACGGAAGGGAUAAGCUUGUGACGACGACUUGAACGGCUUGCAGAACCAUCCUUGGAACCAUCAUGGACGGAAUAGGGAACGAAGUUACACAAAAAAUACGGGCUGCCAUCAAAUCGAAACUUGUUGAACUCAGUGCUUAUGUUGAUGAUGAACUUCCUGACUACAUCAUGGUGAUGAUAGCGAAUAAGAAAAGCAGAGAGCAGAUGACGCAGGACCUCUCCUUGUUUCUUGGUGACAGCACGGAAAACUUCACUGGUUGGCUGCAGCAAGUCUUGAACCAACUGCAGAACAUUGCAUCGGAACCAAAGCAGAAGCCAAAGGAAAGUAAGGCAAAAGACACCGAAGAAGAACGCCCGGUGCCACCUCCAGAGGUUGCAGCACCGGCGCCUACCGUUGCCCUGUCCGCAGUACCAGCAUUGGUUGAACCACGAAGUGAACCAGAUGACGAAGUAUUGGCUCUCAAAGCGGACACUGAAGCAGAUGAUGACUUUAGGGAAGACCUGCGAUGUUCAUCUGUGGACCAACCUGUCACCAAACAAAGUAUACCACUCAUCAGGCCAUUUCCGAGGGUUGCGGCUCCAGAGUCUGAGCAACCAAAGGCACGCUCAGUUUCUGCAAAGGUGCCGGCGUCGAAGCGGUCCGGAGUGCCAUCGUCAACGGUCGGUGCCGUGGUUCGGAGGAAGCCGCAAUUCAUAAGCGACGACGAAGACGAAGAAUAUGAUCCCAACAAUCCUUCAGUUGGUAGCGUGGCAAGCAUAGUUAAAGUCAGCGAACGAAGGUCUAGUGUCCCAGAGAACAUGCAAGCCAACAGGUUGUUGGUCAUAAAAGCAAUGAAGGAUGCUCAUGCCUCUGUCACAAGCACAGCAAAGAAAAAUCCAUCAGCUCGCGUGGAGCCAUACGAACCUACUCCGAUAUCGAAGCAGACGACGGUGAAAAAGAAAAGGCCUGCCGAGGUAUCCCUCCCUGAGAACAGGGAAGAUGACUGCACCCCUCCAAAGAGGCCAGCAUUAGGUUCCAUUAAGGAUAGGCUGAAGAUGCCACCUGUUGCGAGUUCAGCUUCUGCUGUUGUUCAGAAAGAACCCUGCAACGUUGCUGUGGUCAAGAGUAUCCCAGUUCUGGAGGAAAACAUAGAAGAGGACUCUGAUUUGCUGGAAAUAGGGGUUCAGCGGGAGGACGUGCACACUGUUGUCAAAGACACCUUGCCAAGCGCGCAUGGCAGAAGUGUGACUGAUGCCACGAGAAAUGAGGUGGAGUCAACCAGGGAAGAAAGCUGGCCCCACUUUGUGGUAACCUUGAACGGGGUGGACCCAAACAACUUCAAGGUGGGCAGUCGUGAUGUGGUUUCCACGGGUGGGCAAGAUUUGGAUGAGCUACCACUAGAUGCAGAUGACGAGCUGCUCUUAGAAGAAGACGAUUACAUACCAGAGGAGGAGGAGGAAGUUGCUACUGGAGACAUUCAAGUGGCUGAAGAACCGAUGGAGCACACAGAAACCGGCGUGGAGAAAGUGAAAGAAAAGUGCCGUUACUGGCCGGCAUGUAAGAAUGGUGACCAGUGUCCAUAUCAUCAUCCCACUGUGCCAUGCAAGGCAUUUCCAAAUUGCAAGUACAAGGAGAAAUGCCUCUUCAUCCACCCCAACUGCAAGUACGAUGCCUUUUGCAAACGCAGAGACUGUCCUUACACCCAUGCCAGCAGGCGUAAUUUCUCCUGUCCGCCACCAGUUGCAUCGUCUCCAUCCUUGAAGCAUUGCAGAUUCUACCCUCACUGUACCAACACAAAGUGUUCCUACUUCCACCCAAAGCUCAUUUACCAGUUCGUCGAUGCUUUUUGCCUUGCAAAUUUGGGGCAAUGUGUCAGGCCGCCACCUGUCCUUAUACCCAUGAACAACAUAUACCAUCCCCGGAUAAGCUCAAGUGGUCUGCCACAACAUCCAAGAAGGCCGUCAGUACAGCCUCAUGACUGCCCUGUGCUGCACUGGUGUCCGUGAAAGCAGAUCAACAUGCCGCAAAAUUGUUCCGGAGAUCUCAAUACAAGUUUGCGGCUUCGACUUGAAAAUUGCAUCCUCAUUGUAGAACUCCUCACACUGUAAAUAUGAACUGUAUGCAACAGGUGUACUUUUGUUUGUUCGGCCACACUUUUCCCGAGAGCUGCACAUGUUACAUGAUGUAAUUUCUCACGGGGAUUCAAAUAAAGUUAAAUCGAAAGAGCA